AUGUCGCAACCACAGCCCUCCUCCCAGUCGUCACAGUCCUUCGCCAUGAGUCAGGCGUCUGCGUCGCAAAGCUUUCGGCCAUUCGCAGAUCCCCAGCCCCGGCCAAACCAGCCCAGCGCCUCGGAGAUAUAUUCCGCCAGUUACUCUAGCGUCGAGGUGUACGAAAUGGAGGUCAAUGGAAUCGCCGUGAUGCGCCGCCGGAGGGACAGCUGGCUUAAUGCGACACAGAUCCUCAAAGUUGCUGGCGUCGACAAGGGAAAGCGCACCAAGAUCCUGGAAAAAGAGAUUCAGACAGGCGACCACGAAAAAGUCCAAGGCGGCUACGGCAAGUAUCAGGGAACCUGGAUCGGAUUCGACAGAGGCCUCCAGGUCUGUCGGCAGUAUGGUGUUGAGGAGAUACUGCGGCCUCUCCUGACAUAUGAUAUGGGCCAAGACGGAGGUAUUGCUGGCAGCGGAGAUUUCAACACCCCGACGAAAGAACAAGCUCUUGCGGCUCAGCGGAAGCGCAUGUACAGCAGCAUGGGCAACGAAGGGCGGACCAAUGGCUCCUCGGGUACCUUUUUCAAGAACAUCUCAAGUACGGCGUCCACUGCAGUCGCUGCUAUCAGCAAGGCUCGCUUCGAUUCGCCAGGCCCCCGAGGUCGCAACGGUCCCUCGAGACCCCCGAGCUUCAGUCGCCAAUCAUCCAUGCAGAACGCAGAUGAUUUCCCAAGCAACUCCCAGCAAAGCUUUGCUUCGGAAUAUGGUUCACAGGUGGAUUCGGCCUACUCUACGCAGAACACCCAACUAUUCAAUGGCGAAGAACCGCCGCGGAAGAAGCAGCGGGUUAUAACACCCAGCGAAAGUUUUGUGCAUCCAUCGUCACAGCAAUAUGCAUCACAGUCGAUGGAACUCUACGCCAACAAUUUUCCCGGCUCUCCCACUGAGCCCAACGAGUCUUUCGUCUAUCACGAAGCCGGUGUUGGCAUGGAAGGCGCUGGAAACGGCGUACCACUGCCCCCACUACCAUACGAAAUGUCUCACGAGGCUGAACAAAGACGAAACCUUCUGAUGGGAUUAUUCAUGGACUCAAAUGCCAAGGAUUUCGCAAAGACUGAGGCCUUGCAGAAGUUGAGCCCCGCGGAACUCGAUUCACCGAUAGAUACUUCUAGCCAUACCGCACUGCACUGGGCAGCCACCUUAGCUCGGAUUUCUCUGCUACGCGCUCUCAUUUCAGCUGGUUCGGACCCAUUCCGUGUCAACGGACUCGGGGAAACAGCGCUAAUGAGAGCUUGUGGUGUAACCAACAACUCAGACCAGAGCUCAUUUCCGGAACUGUUGGAUGCUCUAGGUAGUACUAUCGAGGUCAGGGACAAGAAGGGCCGGACUGUAUUGCACCACAUCGCCGUGGCCAGUGCUGUAAAAGGUCGCAGCCAGUCCAGCCGAUACUAUCUGGAAAGUCUGCUUGAGUGGGUGGUCAGACAAGGAAGUGCGCCGAGCAGCCAGACUACAAGUGGAAUGAAAAUCAAUCUGGGAAGGUUUAUGAGCGAAAUCGUAAAUGCCCAGGACAAUUCCGGUGACACAGCGUUGAACAUCGCUGCCAGAAUAACCAACCGCAGCAUCAUCUCGCAACUGCUGGAAGUAGGAGCCGAUCCAGGCAUUCCCAACAACACUGGACUAAGGCCCGUCGAUUUUGGUAUCAAGGGCAAUGGCCUCGAAGAUGGCCUCAAUGGUGAGGCGAUAGAUGGAAAUGGUACUGUGGACGAUAGCCAAAAGAGUCGUGAAAGCAGUGACGAUAUUAUCAAAUCAAUUACUGAUAUGUUAACCGACACUGCAACAAGCUUCCAAUUGGAGCUGAAGAAAAAACAGACAGAUCUAGAUUCAUUGCAUGCGUCCUUGAGGACAACAUCGCAGCAGCUGGGUGAUGCGAAAAGGGACCUUGACUCGUUACAAGAACGAGCUCGAAUACAAAAUUUGACCCGACAGAAGAUAUACAACCUAGCCCGUGGGCGUGAAGAAGAGCAAGCUCGUCUUCAGCAAAUCGAACAGAGUCACGGCUCACUGGAGCCUGGUGCGGCCGCCUGGGAAUCCGAACUUGCUGCUUCGACGCCAAUCGAUGUUGCCACCCUACCAAGCUCAACCAUAUUACGUACAAGGAUACAAGCCCUUCGUUCAAGGAGCGAAGGCACACGGAAGACGGUGGCGUCGUUAAAAAGCAGAAGCAAAGAUGUCGAAGUAAAGUAUCGCAGGGUCGUUGCGCUUUGUUCCGGUGUGCCUGAGGCCGACGUCGAUGCUGUCAUUGACGGUCUACUGAGGGCUGUUGAGAGUGAGAAGGAUGGGCUGGAGAUAGGCCGUGUACGGAGGUUUCUUGGCGGUGUGGAUGGCGUUGCAUGA